AGGGCCGGCGGCCGGCCGUUGAGCGAGCGCCGGCUGAGGUGAAGGUCGGGUGAUGGCGUUGGAUGUCCUCAAGUCUGGUUCACCGAUCCCGGCGUUGGUGCUGCUGGCGGCCGCCCUGGGAAUCGCUUCGGGGUUCUACCUGCCGGGCUUGGCCCCUGUCAACUUCUGCGAGCCGGAGGUCGGCGAUUGCAAGAAUGCUAUUGAACUAUUUGUGAACAGGUUAGACUCGGUGGAAUCUGUCUUGCCAUAUGAAUAUGCUGCAUUUGAUUUCUGUCAGCUGGAAGAGGAAAAGCGUCCCUCGGAAAACCUUGGUCAAGUACUGUUUGGUGAGAGGAUUGAGUCAUCUCCAUACAAGUUCCACUUUAAGAAGGAAGAAGUGUGUAAGCGCGUCUGUACAAAAAGCUACAAUCCAGAAAACAAGGAUGACAAAUCAAAGUUGGCAUUUCUGAAGAGUGGCAUGCAAUUAAACUAUCAACAUCAUUGGAUUGUUGAUAAUAUGCCUGUCACAUGGUGCUAUGAUGUGGAAGAUGGCCAGAAGUUCUGUAAUCCAGGAUUUCCCAUUGGUUGCUUUGUAACAAAAGAAGGUCAUCCAAAAGAUGCGUGUGUUAUUAGUACUUCCUUCAAUGAGAAAGACACUUACUAUAUUUUCAAUCAUGUGGAUAUCACAAUAUAUUUCCAUAGUGAAGGUGGGACUGAAGCAAGACUUGUAGCUGCCAAAUUAGAACCAAAAAGCUUCAAGCACACACACGUUGAUAAGCCCGACUGCUCAGGACCACCUUUGGGUAUCCCUAAUGUAUUUCGAGAGAAAUUUAGUAUUGCCUAUACCUACUCUGUUAAAUAUGCUACAUCAAAUAUUAAAUGGGCAUCAAGGUGGGAUUACAUUUUGGAAUCUAUGCCUCACACUAACAUUCAGUGGUUUAGCAUUAUGAAUUCCUUGAUAAUUGUCCUAUUCCUUUCUGCAAUGGUUGCUAUGAUAUUGCUUCGAACGUUGCAUAAGGACAUAGCACGAUACAAUCAAAUGGAUUCAGCUGAAGAAGCCCAGGAGGAAUUUGGAUGGAAAUUAGUACAUGGUGAUGUCUUUAGACCACCUCGGAAAGGAAUGAUAUUAUCUGUUUUCCUGGGUUCUGGCACUCAAAUCUUUAUCAUGAUGUUUGUUACUCUAUUUUUUGCAUGCCUGGGAUUUUUAUCACCUGCAAACAGAGGUGCUUUGAUGACUUGUGCAGUUGUCUUGUGGGUGCUGCUUGGGACUCCAGCAGGCUAUGUAGCUGCCAGAUACUACAAAUCAUUUGGUGGGGAGAAAUGGAAAACAAAUGUAUUAUUGACCUCUCUUCUGUGCCCAGGGGUUGUUUUUGCUGAUUUCUUUAUCAUGAAUCUGAUUCUUUUGGGUGAAGGAUCUUCAGCAGCUGUACCCUUUGGAACAUUAAUUGCUGUCCUGGCAUUGUGGUUUGGCAUUUCAGUGCCUCUGACAUUCCUCGGUGCCUAUUUUGGCUUCAAGAAACUUACAAUAGAGUAUCCUGUUCGCAUCAAUCAAAUUCCACGCCAGAUCCCUGACCAGUCAUUCUACACAAAGUCUAUACCUGGAAUCAUUAUGGGUGGCAUAUUGCCAUUUGGAUGUAUUUUCAUUCAGCUUUUCUUCAUUCUCAAUAGUAUAUGGUCUCAUCAAAUGUAUUACAUGUUUGGUUUCCUAUUUCUGGUGUUCAUUAUUCUCAUUCUCAUCUGUUCCGAAGCAACCGUUCUUCUCUGUUAUUUCCACCUUUGUGCUGAGAAUUACCACUGGCAAUGGCGAUCAUUUCUCACUAGUGGAUUUACAGCAGUGUAUUUCUUAAUCUACGCAGUCCAUUAUUUCUAUUCCAAACUCCAAAUAAUUGGAACUGCCAGCAUCAUUUUGUAUUUUGGAUAUACAAUGAUAAUGACGUUGAUCAUCUUCUUAUUCACAGGAACUGUUGGGUACAUCGCUUGUUUUUGGUUUGUGACCAAGAUUUACAGUGUUGUCAAGGUGGAUUAAAAGAACUAUCUUUCUGGAGAAGUAUACGUCUUUUUGAAAGAACUUUUAUUUACUAAGUUGAUUUGAUGACUUGCACAUGGAAGAGUCUGGUUAAAUCAGAAGAACUAUUGUACAAAAUACUGGCACCAAGUUUAUAUUUUUUAAACUAAAACUUGUUGGGAUAUAAAUCAUUUUGAAAUGAAUACAUACUUGUUCUAUUUGAAGAAAAAUCUGUCCUGUUUUGGUUUUUUACAUUGGGAUUUAUUUAAAAUUUCCAUUAUUUUAUAUUUUAUAAUUCUAUUUACAAUGUUUCAAAGGCAUGUAUGGUACAAUAAUGUUUCUGUAAAUUGUGGUAUACACUGUCCACUGAAGUAAAGAUCUUCAGAAGACCUGUACAUUUAAGAUAACAAAAACUCUGUGCAAUAAGCCAAAAAGCAACUUGGUUUUGAAUUAAAGUGCAUUUUGUUACUUG